CCCUCCCUUUCCCAUGCAGUUCCAUCGAUUGUCAGAAAAUGGUGAUACAUCGCAUUUCUCGGAGCUUAGCAAUAUCGAGGAGACGCGCUUCGGCGUCUUUCUUUACUCACGUUGUCUAAGAGAAGAGCCCCGUCUUGGAGUAUCCGCUUCGGCGUGAUUGAUGAGUGCAACGGCACGACGUGCCAAGAAAUGCCGUUGAUCGCGGCCGGCCACGCGACACCCACAAUCCCGUGAGAGUGAGAGCGAGAGAGAAGGAAGAAAGAGAAAGAAAAAUUAAUCUUCGAUCGCACCCACAUUCCACACGAGUGCAUCUUUCCGCGUUGAAAUGUGUGAAAAGGCUCAUUUAUCGGAGACAUGAGUUACCCAAUGCCAACAAAUCAGUCCAGAACGAUGUCACAAGGAAAUUAUCAGGGCCCGGGUGACUUACCCAUGGGCUCUGCUACAGAGCAAACACUGAUGUGGCAGCAAAACUCCUAUAUGAAUGAUUCAGGAAUACAUUCUGGUGCUGUCACUCAAGCACCAUCUCUAUCCGGCAAAGAAGAUGAAGAGAUGGAAGGGGAUCAAUUGAUGUUUGAUCUAGACCAAGGAUUUACACAGGACCAAGUCGAUGUUUCAGAAAUAAAUCAUCAACUGAGCCAUACCAGGUCACAGCGUGUACGUGCGGCUAUGUUUCCUGAAACUCUUGAAGAAGGUGUGGAAAUUCCUUCAACACAGUUUUCGGCACAACCCACCGCCGUACAAAGAUUGGCCGAACCAAGCCAGAUGCUCAAACAUGCUGUCGUUAAUUUGAUCAAUUAUCAGGAUGACGCUGACCUAGCCACUCGAGCUAUUCCAGAAUUAAUAAAGCUUUUAAAUGACGAAGAUCAAGUAGUAGUAUCUCAAGCAGCUAUGAUGGUACAUCAGUUAUCGAAGAAAGAAGCUUCUCGUCACGCUAUUAUGAACAGCUCGCAAAUGGUGGCUGCUUUAGUGCGCGCUAUUUCCAAUAGCGAUGACUUGGAGUCAACAAAAGCUGCCGUUGGAACUCUCCACAACUUAUCUCAUCAUAGACAGGGACUUUUGGCAAUUUUCAAAAGUGGAGGCAUUCCAGCACUCGUCAAAUUGUUAAGCUCUCCAGUUGAAGCUAUAUUAUUUUAUGGUAUAACUACAUUGCACAAUCUCUUAUUGCAUCAAGACGGUUCAAAGAUGGCCGUGCGUCUUGCCGGUGGUUUACAAAAAAUGGUGGCUCUGCUUCAACGAAAUAACGUCAAAUUUUUGGCUAUCGUCACGGAUUGUUUACAGAUUUUGGCAUACGGAAAUCAAGAGAGCAAACUAAUAAUUCUUGCUUCACAAGGACCGAUAGAACUAGUACGCAUUAUGCGUUCUUACGAAUACGAGAAGCUAUUAUGGACCACUUCAAGAGUGUUGAAAGUGUUAUCUGUAUGUGCAAGCAACAAACCAGCUAUUGUGGAGGCGGGUGGUAUGCAAGCACUUGCUAUGCAUCUUGCAAAUCCGAGUUCAAGAUUAGUGCAGAAUUGUUUGUGGACACUUCGUAACUUAUCAGAUGCUGGCACAAAGGUUGAUGGACUUGACAACUUGUUGCAGAGCCUCGUACUUGUGCUCGGCUCGACAGACGUAAACGUUGUUACGUGUGCAGCUGGCAUUUUGUCAAACUUGACUUGUAACAAUCAACGUAAUAAAGUUGCAGUAUGUAAUUAUGGCGGCGUGGACGCUCUAGUACGGACCAUCAUCAAUGCCGGCGAUCGAGAAGAAAUAACCGAACCGGCAGUAUGCGCCUUACGUCACUUGACGUCGCGUCACAGUGAAGCAGAAAUGGCACAGAAUUCUGUUCGGGCAAAUUAUGGCAUUCAAGUUAUAGUCAAAUUACUUCAUCCACCGUCGCGUUGGCCUUUGGUGAAGGCUGUUAUCGGAUUAAUCCGCAAUUUGGCUCUUUGUCCUGCAAAUCACAGCCCAUUACGCGAUCAUGGCGCAAUACAUCAUCUUGUGAAACUUCUAAUGCGCGCAUUCCAAGACACGCAACGACAACGGUCAUCUGUUGCUAGUAUCGGCAGCCAACAGACAUCGGGCGCAUAUGCAGAUGGAGUACGCAUGGAAGAGAUAGUGGAGGGUUCAGUGGGAGCUCUUCAUAUUUUGGCCAGAGAAUCCCACAAUAGAGCAAUUAUUCGGGCACAGAACGUGAUUCCAAUUUUCGUACAGUUACUAUUUAACGAGAUUGAAAAUAUACAGCGUGUAGCAGCUGGCGUACUUUGCGAACUUGCGGCCGACAAGGAAGGCGCUGAAAUCAUAGAACAAGAAGGCGCCACCGCUCCGCUGACAGAAUUGCUUCACUCUAGAAAUGAAGGCGUCGCUACUUACGCGGCGGCAGUUCUGUUUCGUAUGAGCGAAGAUAAGCCGCAAGAGUACAAAAAACGACUUUCCAUGGAACUAACGAAUUCCUUAUUCCGCGAAGACACGAACUUGUGGAACAACGCUGAUUUCAGCAUGCCACCAGAUCUUCAGGACGUGCUUAGUGCCGAGCAGGGCUAUGACGGUAUGUAUGGCCAAGGACCUCCUAGUGUACACAGCAGCCAUGGCGGCCGGGGUUAUCAACAACAAGGUUAUGACCAGAUACCAGUAGAUUCAAUGCAAGGGUUGGAGAUAGGUGGUGGGUCAACAUACGGUGCAAUGGACACUAUGGACGUGGCACACGAAGGUGAUUUAAGUUUCAAUCAUUUGGGAGAGCUUCCUGCACCGCCGGGAGGCAACAAUCAGGUUGCGGCCUGGUACGACACCGAUCUCUGAGUCCGUGCCAUCAUAUUGUUUUAAAAUAUCAUACGGAUUUACAGUAUAACUUCGAUUAUUUAAAUAGUAUUAUCAUUCUACAAAAAUUAAAUAAUGCUCAACUUUAUUCGAACAAUAUACACAGUGUAAGCAAACAAGGAAGCAAUGCUUAUUGCUAUUCUUGUUGCAAAUCUGCAGCUUGUUUUUUUUUUAUAGAUCUUCUAUGUCUUUGAGUAUUCGACCAAACUAUUAUUGCAUUUGCAUACACAAUUGAUUUACAGACGACGUAGAAGUUCCAUAAUUAUCUAAAAGCUGCCAGUUGAGUACAAAACUUUGUAUUUGAACAUUUGAUGAAAUAAAGUUCGAAGGUUUGAAUAAUCGAUAGUUUACUGUAUUUAUAAAAAACUCAUUUCUUCAAACACAUGAAAUACUUUAGCGAUCGAGGAUUAGCGCGUCGCGAAACAUCGUCUUUGCAUAUAAAAGAUUGUUUUAGUCGCGCUAUAGUUGUCAGCUUCCUGUAGUCCACGUUCGUUUCGUCGAACAGAAAACAUGAAACAUUCGCUAAUCCAUAUCAACCCAAGAAAAUAUGUAUGUAAUCGCCUAACAUAAUUAUUCACCCGAACAUAUAUAUAUAUAUAUAUAUGUAUACAUUAUAUUGAUGUAUUAGAAUUAAGAAAAACACAUGUAAUUCGUACACACAAGUAUUAUGUAUCGUUUACUUGUCCAUAAAAAUAAACUGAACGAAUAACCGAUAA